AUGGCAGAAGAUGUUAAGACCAAAAUCAAGAGCCACCAGACUGCCCUUUUUGACAGCCACUUCCUCAACCACAGCCAGACCCGAAACUGUUGGCCAAACCACCUGGACUUCCACCACUGUGAGAACGCAAUGACUGCUGAAGGGGGUGCCAUCCCCAUGUGCAAAUGGUACAGGCAUGUGCACAAGUCCCUUGGCAGCAUAUCCUGGGAGUUGGCCUGGGAUGACUGCCAGGCAGAAGGCAUAUUCCCUCUGAAGAUCUGA